AUGGCCGCCGCCGCGCGAUUCUUUGCCUUGCUCAUUUGCUUCUUUGGGACGAGCGCUGUCGUUGCCGCGGCAAAUUUGUCGUAUCAGGGCAUCCCAAGCUGUGCCGUCAACUGUAUCCUCCAGGAGAUCGGCCAUAGCGAUUGCGCCAUUACGAACCAAACAUGCAUCUGCCACGACGAUGUGCUGGCUGGCUACGUACAAACAUGCGUUCAGGCCAGCUGCACAGUCAGAGAAAUGCUGGCGGCCCGAAACCAGUCAUUAGCUGCCUGCGGAGUGCCCGUAUCUGAGCACGAUGAAACUGUGAGAUGGUUCCGACCGACCAUUUUUGCCCUCCCAACCUUCUUCCUCUUCGUCCGGGUUGUCAACAAGUAUAUGAAGCUAUCAAGUUGGGGCUGGGACGACACAACCAUUAUGAUUGCAUAUGCUUUCAUAGUAGCCUUUCUGCCAGCGGCCUAUAUCGCCGAAAGAACGGGUGCAGGGAGGGACAUUUGGACCCUUACUCCUGAACAAAUCACCGAGUUUCUUUUCGUGUUUCUUAUAUUUAGCACGCUGUACAUGACCUCUCUGGCCUUCAUAAAGUCUUCGAUCCUGUUUCUCUACCUACGCAUCUUCCCUGAUGAAAAUUUCAGGAGGGUCUUGUGGGGUACGCAGCUGUUCAAUCUCCUGAUAUGGAUUACGUUCGUCACGGGCACAUUCGCCGCCUGUCAGCCCCUGAACUUCUUUUGGAACGGAUGGAAGAGAGAGAUGACGGGCAAGUGCUUCAACCUGAACGCUUUUGCCAUGUGUCAUGGUGUUCUCAACGUUGCAUUGGAUGCCUGGAUGCUCGUACUGCCGGCCACUCAAAUUUAUGGGUUGAGAAUGAAGCUCAAGACGAAGGUUGGCGUAAUGCUGAUGUUCGGCGUUGGCAUAUUCCUCACAGCAGUCAGUGCCUACCGUAUCAAGACACUUCUCUCGUUUGCGACAUCAUACAACAUCACAGCCGACUCGUUUCAGGGUUCCGUCUGGUCCUCGGUCGAGCUCUGCGUAGGGGCUUUUGUCGCCUGUCUCCCGAGCACACGCCAAGUCUGGAGAGUAUUAUUUCCCAAGAUCCUCGAAGUGACACACAUCUCUACGAGAUCGUCCCCAUCAAGCAAGGGUUCCAACGCCAUCAGCCAAGCCUCAAGAACAUUGUCAGGCGCUCAUGAUCAGCCACGCAUGGCUUCUUAUGAAGAGUCGUCAAUAGCGCAUCUGGUCGGAGAUUUCAACAAAAUCGACCUCAACAACCUUCCCGACACGAGCUCGACGGAAGCUACGCACCCACGGACGCCGAAGAACCGAAUUGAGACCAAAGGGGAACCCGGUUCGGGCAGCUCCAGGGGCAGCUGAGAGCGGAACACGAGGGGUAUGGGCUUUAUGGGCUUUAAGAACGGUUCGGGGAAGUCAACUGAAGCACUUGCAACACUGGCAGAUCAAUCAGCCGGAAAUGUCAACAUAUGUCAACGAUGCACAGAAACCGAAGAAGCAGGUACAUGAAGUAAAUCCGAAGGGGCGCAGACAAAGCAAUCCGUGGCGGAUCAGUCUCCGGCUUAUGAGCCCAGGAGGGUCUUGUCUACCGCAGGUCGACGAACUAGGAACGGAUACGAACCACGAGUUGGCAUUCAGGUCACGGUGUAUGACUGGCGCUCAGAUCUCGGGCUAUCAUGCCCUGGAUCAGGCCAGAGAGGAGAAGAAGGCUUGAGGUACACAAUAGCCAUUGUUGCAACAACAAAAGUAUACGGCCAAUAAUUGGUUAGCGGGAAGUCGGCGAUAGGACGGUUGUAACACUUGUCUAGAGCUGAUCUCUGUCCAUGGUAUAAACACACAACGAUGGUACUCUAACAAGAUACAUCAGUUCUUCCAUAGAAUAAC